UGUUUGUUUAUUUAACGAGAAUAUGAGGGUUUGACGCUUCCCUUUCAGUUUUCGAUUUUUCCUUUUUUUUUGUUGAUUUUCGUUGCUUUUUUUAUUGUUCUCCUGUUGAUUAUUUUAUUUAACAGGCGCUGACAGCUCUGGAGUCAUGAAAAACAUAAAAACAAGCAGUGGAAAAGAGGCACUUGAACGUUUUGGAGAUCAGGGGGGAUUUUUCGAUCUCGUCUUGAAGCCGAUGUUCCAGCAGGGGCACGAGGGUGAGCUUCUCAGUUGGUUGAAGGAGACUUCUCUGAUCAGAUCAUCAGUAAGUUGCUCUCAGCCUGAGUGUCAGGGUAGAAACAUGGGAUUCGUUGCUGCGAGGCUGAGGGACAGGUAUAACUGGGUCUGUCCAUCCUGCAGUAAAAAGCAGACCAUCAGGGAGGGUUGUUUCUUCAAUGGUGUCAAGACUGAUUUUAAGAGUGCUCUCAUGCUCAUCCUCGCAUGGUGCCAGGACGUCCCCUCCGACCUGGCAGCCCAGCAAUUGGAGAUUAAAGAACACAUCGUGAAGAAAGUGUAUGAAAAAUGUGGAAAAGUGUGUGAAUAUUACAUCGAGGCGCAUCCAGAGGAGUUCCAGGUGGGUGGCCCAGGGAUGGUUCUGAUUGUCGACGAAUUCCCCGGGGGGUACAUGAUCCCAGAGGGUGUGGACGUCGUAAUGAACAAAAAACGAAAUAACAAUUCAAAUACUGUUCUCUGCAUCGCCGAGGCCAAUUGCAUUCCCCCAAAAAUGUGGCUGCACGUCAUCCAGGCGAUGCCAGAGCCAUUGCCCAAGACCGAGAAAGGAAAGACAGUGAUGCAAAGGUGUGGAAUGGUAGAAGAGGCGAUAAAAGUUAUCACCAAACAAGUCCUCCCAGGAAGUUUUCUCGUGGCAAAUAGUCGGGCUCGAUGCUGCAAUUACGAGUCCCUCCAGGAGCUCAAGCAAUAUUCAGUGUUCAGUGUGGAGUAUCUCCAGAAAUUUGAUAACCCUGAUCACCAGAAACUACUCAGCAAUUUAGGGACGAUUUGGCAGAAUGGGGCAGAAAUCUGUGAGGAAAUUCAGGAAUCCACUCGUUCCAUGGGGCAAUCUAUUAUUUCCACACACCUCUGGAAGCAGAGGUUUGGAUACUCUUUGUCUUCCUUACCAGCUUUUCAGUACAUGCUCAACCACAUAGUCGAGAGUUAUCGUUUCACAUGAGUUAAGUUUCUCAAAUUUUUUACUCAUUAAGUUUGUCGAUUGAAAAAUAUCGACGAAAAAUGAGAAAUUUACGGAAUGUUUCAGUUGCAGACGUUUUUCUGAGCAAUAGCCUCCCCGAGGCACUAGAUUCUCCAAUUAUAUUAGAUAUUAAGAUUUUUUUUUAAUGACAAAAACUUGAGAUAAUUCUAUUUUUACCAAAAUUUAAAGAAUCUAUUUGAGUUUUUGACGGACUUAUCUCCUGGUUUAGGGAGAAUUUCCUAUUUUCUAAUCUAUUAGGUAUUAAGAAUGUCUUCCAGAUAAAGUUCGGACGACAGUGAGACUGACCGGAAGUGCCUGGCGAUAUUAAAAGGGAAGAUGAAUUUUUAAGAAGUGAAAUUGCAUCACUGCAUGUACAAUACCUCGCAAUCUAAAAGAAAUGGAGAAAUUUUCGUAGGACUUUUUUUUAUAGAAUUACAUCCACUCUAUGAAAAAGGUCUUACGAAGAUUUUUCUAUCUCUUACAGAUUCGAAAUUCUACAGCAAAAAACGCACACCGAG